GAACAGUCAGCGCUAUACUGUCACUAAAACCGUCCAGUUUCCUCUUUAUGCGCUUUCUCCACAAUAGUCAAACAUAACACUCCUGGACUUUACUUUCCUGCUGUUUUAACUUUUCAAACUGCUUGACAUUUUUCUAGCUACUUCCUCACCAACAGUAACAACCUUUUUAAUGGGCUUACUGUGAAACAUUUCUUUUAUAAUUUGCAUUUUCUUAAUUUUCCUCCAAAAUGCCCGAGUUCAUAUCGGUGGACGAGUUUAUCGCGGAGACUUUGGAGGACUACAGCUCUCCCACCACCUCUUCCUUCUACACCAAAAUGACAAGUUGCCGAAAUUCCGCCUACAAUAUCGAGGAGGCCUUGGACUCUGACCGCACAAUCUUGCAGAAAAUGAAGAAAGCAGCCAAAGCAAAGCACAUCUCUGGCCAAGACCACGUAUUACAUUUGGAGUCAUACAUCAAUUCCAUGGAGAAGUUGGCUGUGAAUUUCUGUAACAAUGGAGAACAGGAAGUAGCCUCUGCAUUUAAUAAGUUUGCAGAAUUCUCCAAAGAACUGCUGAUGCCAAUGAAGAACUUGUUUAAGAGCAUGUUGCACAAUGUCAACUUCUUCCUGGACUCACUGGUAAAAGGGGAUCUGAAAGAGGUCAAAGGUGACCUGAAAAAGCCUUUUGACAAGGCGUGGAGAGAUUAUGAGAAUAAAUUCUCUAAAAUCGAAAAAGAGAAGAGGGAACUGGCGAAGCAGUAUGGUAUGGUGCGCACAGAGGUGAGCGGAGGAGAGAUUGCAGAAGAGAUGGAGAAAGAGCGUAGGAUGUUCCAGCUACAGAUGUGUGAAUACCUUAUUAAAGUAAAUGAAAUUAAGACCAAGAAAGGAGUAGACCUGCUACAGAACCUCAUCAAACACUACCACUCUCAAUGCAAUUUCUUCCAGGAGUGUUUGGCUGCAACGGAAAAACUCAAGCAGUACAUAGAUGUCCUGACGGGACAGCUGAGUGCUAUCAAACAUAAGCAGGAUGAUGAGAAGAGACAGCUCUGUUCUCUCAGAGAUCAGCUCAGACCUGCUCUGCAGCCCGAAUUCAAAGAGCAGUCCAGGAGAGAUUCUCUAAGCAGACAGACUGUGUACAGCAUGCAUCAGCUUCAAGGCAACAAGCAAUAUGGCACAGAGAAAUCAGGCUACCUCUACAAGAGGAGUGAUGGGUUGAGGAAGAUGUGGCAGAAGAGGAAAUGUAGCGUGCAGAACUGCUAUCUAACCAUUGCUCAUGGAACUCCUAAUAAAUCACCAACUAAACUGAAUCUCCUCACCUGCCAAGUCAAACCAAAUCUGGAAGACAAGAAAUGCUUUGACCUCAUCUCACAUAAUCGCACUUACCAUUUUCUGGCUGAUGAUGAGUCUGAUUGUGUGGCGUGGAUAUCAGUGCUAACAAACAGUAAGCAGGAGGCUCUGAAUGUGGCUCUGGAUGAGAGGAGGCCAAGUGGAGAGAACAGCGUUGAGGAUCUGACACGAGCCAUCACUGAGGAUAUUCGCCGCAUGCCUGGAAACAAUGUUUGCUGCGACUGUGGGGCCCCAGAUCCGUCUUGGAUCUCUAUAAACCUGGGAAUCCUGACGUGCAUUGAGUGCUCAGGGAUCCAUCGGGAAAUGGGUGUACAUUAUUCACGUAUUCAGUCGCUUUCUCUUGACGAACUAGGCACUUCAGAAUUGCUGUUGGCGAGAAACAUGGGGAAUUCGGGUUUUAAUGAAAUUGUGGAGGCCAAUCUUCCUAGUCCCUCUGUGAAGCCGUCAGCAGAGAGUGACAUGGCCAUACGUAAGGAGUUCAUAAUCUCAAAGUAUAUGGAAUGGCAGUUUGCACAACGUAGUGGUGGCUCACCGGAAACAAAACGCAAAUAUCUGCAGGACGCUGUGCGCAGUCGGGACGUUUUUAGCCUCUUACUGCUCUAUGCUGAGAGAACCGACUUCAGCCAGCCGCUGCCAUGCUCCCUACAGGAAAAGGGGGAGACUGCACUACACCUAGCCGUCCUGUUGUCUGACAGGACAUCGCUCCAUGUGGCUGACUUCCUGUUCCACAACUGUAAUAAUCUGGAUGCUCAGACUGUGAAGGGGAACACUGCUUUGCAUUACUGCUGUCAGCACAACAAAACCGAGUGCCUUAAACUUCUGCUCAGAGCCAAGGCCAACACACAUAUCAAGAAUGAUAAUGGAGAGAUGGGGCUGGACAUGGCUCGCAGACUGAAGCACACGCUGUGUGAGGAGCUGAUCCACCAGUCACAGAACAACCAGUUCAACAUGCACAUGCACGUGGAAUAUGAGUGGAGACUCCGGCAAGAUGACCUUUACGAGAGUGAUGACGACGUAGAUGACAAGAUGGGCCCAGUGAAGAAGGAGCGCUUUGGACGGCCGUUCAGCUUGUAUCACAGUAGCUCUGCCUCUCACGGAGGAGGAGGAAGUAGUGGAGGGGGGUUGUUCAACAUGGGUCGGAGGCAGGCAAUGGCCCGGGGAGAAAACCGGAAGGAUGUGUACGCCAUUCCCAACUCUCAGACACGCAGCCAAGACAGUCCCCCUCCACCACCCCCUUCAUCGCCCGCACCACCACUGCCACCUCGAGUCAAAGCUCCAAACAUCCCCCCUCCUCCCCCUCCUAUGAGCUCACCUGAUGGCUGGACGUCCCAUGAAGUGAGCAGCAGUAAGAAACGAACCCCUCCUCCCCCUCUUGUCAUCCGACACAAGCGCACCUACUCUGAGCCCACCCCUCAGGUGCCCUCCAGCCCCCACUUAACAAGGCAGGGGUCAACAGAUUAUGGAGUACCUUCAGUUGCGAGAAGCUUCGGUGGUCCAGACUCACCUUUCCAGAAGUGUGUCCCAGGGUCUCCCAAAUACACCACGUCCACUCUCAACUCCUUAUCUGAACUACCAGAACGAGCAGGCUUUCGAGCAGAUGGGGAGAGCAGCUCGUCUCACUUUGUGUACCAAACCCCACAGCCCAUCACCCCUGCCCCGGCCCCGGCCCUGUCCCCCACCUCCCCGCGCUCCUUCAACCUGGAGGCUAACGGCAGCUCCUCUUCCUCCUGCCACACUGCUCCUCACCCACUGCCCAGAAAAACUCUGAAGAAGUCGAAGCUGAAGCGUGUUAAAGCCAUGUAUGACUGUGCGGCGGAUCAUCACGAUGAGCUCUCCUUCAAUGAGGGUGAGAUUCUGGUGGUACUCGGAGAGGAGGAUGCUGAUUGGUGGCACGGCUACGUUGAGGGACAGCCAAACAGAAUGGGCUUAUUUCCAGCGUCGUUUGUCUCUAUGGUUGCUGAAUGAAGCUGGCCAACGGAGCUGAAAUCAUCGCACGGUCUACUCUACUGCCAAAGCACCCUGGGAAAUGAGGGGCUUGAAGUCUACCCACAGAACCAUCGGUAAUGAAGAAUCAGCUUAACAAAGCAGCACUCACAGGCCCGUCUGCAGUGCCAAGAGAGAUGGAACAAAUUGUGCUGUGCACAAAAUUUCUCAUAGUUUGUGGUUGUACAGGCCCCUCAGAUAUGAGAAUGACACCCUCUGAUCCAUCCACUGACCAGCCGCACACACAGCAUGAACUGCAUGUCAUGUUACAUUGAACUGAACUCAAAUGUGAGGAAUCAUAUACUCCAGAUCACAGAACUGCAUUGAGAAAGUAUAAUGCAGAGAUUGUGCUGCUAUUCAAAAAAUGGAGAACAGCUUUAAACCACAAUCCUUUGCAACAGGGUAACUGUGUAAAAACAUAAUUCAUUCAGAAAGCAAAUCAAGAACAAACAAAUGAAUUAUAAAUAUUGUGUGCUUGGGUGAAUACACAUCCAGGUCAUAUUUCGACUACUUUUUAAAGAAAAAAAAAGUAUUUUUUUGUACCAAGAAUUUGUUUUAUGACUAUUUGUUUCAACAUUUAAGCAUAUUUCCCUCCAAAAAAAAUUAUAUUCUAAGUUUGAAAUCUUAUUCCCAUUACUGUAUUAAAUACUGUUUUUUUUUAAGCAAGGAAUUUGAUAUAAUAAAACUGUAAUGGUCCUGAAACUUUUAUUUUCUUUAUGAUAAACAAACAAAAGACAUGGACAUGUUUGAAAACAGGAGAUUAUGAGAUCACUCAUUUAUUCUAUUAUUUCCAUAACUUCAGAUGAAAUAAUCACUGAAUAAAUGGUUAAGUGGUUUAUUGAAAACAGACCACAGAUAAAUCACAGGUUCACACAAAACAUCAUGAACAUAGAAGCUUACAAAGAUGUGCACGCAACACUACGCAAUUUGGCAAUUACAAUGGGAUCAAACCAUCACAUUCAGCUAGACAGGCUUUGAAUUUGAGCUAACUCCUUAAAGUGCUUCGAGAGUCGAGAACUACUUGUGGUAGAAGACAUUUUUUUUAAAUCAUGUCACACCCAGAAAAUAUUAAAUCCGCGGUAACAUGUUGAAUAUGACUUGUAAACAAAACCAUAAAAAGUAAUUUGGCCACUGCUUUUCUUGACAUUACUGAUCAACAUCUUGGACUCCUCCUAAAAAAACUUUCCAGCAGGGAGGUGGAAUAAAUAUUCAGUUUUAACUGGUGAGCUGGUUCUCUACUUGCAUUAGAGGACCUUAUAUAAAUACAAACCGUCAUGUAUUAAAAGUUGAAAUUGUGUUUUUUACUUGUUAGAGAACUUGAAUGGAAAACUAGGGCAUUGUGAGAUAUUUAUGUAUUGUGUAACUCAUUAAAAAAUAGGCUUGUA